AUGAACCCCAUUGAUGGCACCCUAACGUCCUUCAUACUUUCGAAUACCUCAAGUCCCUUGUCACCAUCGAAAAAGCAAAACUUAUUCGCUCAAAAUCCAAAAGAAAUCGAGCAUCUUGCCACAAACUACAUCCAAUCUUGCCUGGCAAAAGACCAUACUACAACCUUAUCGAAAUGUUUUAAGAGUUUAUACUUAAUACCCCAAGGUCUCGAACAGUCAAUUUUAGUGUUUAAGAAGCAUCAUGUGUUUAUCAUACAGCUUUUGGAAUCCAAAAACUUGACCGAAGCAUUGCACGAAUUAUCAUAUCUCUAUCAAGGUUUAAACAAAGUCAUUCAUGGCAAAAACAUCGGUGUUUAUGGAGCUACAUCGGCAGAACUUUUGCUGGGUAUUCCCUUCAUUGAUAGUGUGAAUUAUCCCCUUAUAAAUCUAGUGGUGGCUUUCCACUUUUUGGUGCUACAAUGUCUAUUGCAACAUAUAUCUGUGAGUAUUAGACAAGUCGUCGCCGGGAAGGAUAAUUUCGUCACUUUGGAUGUAUUGAAAAUAAUCCCAUCAAUGUUUUUGGAUAAUCAUCCUUUCAUGAAUUGGAUAAGAAGCUCCUACACAAAUCAAGAAAAUAUAGUGAGGUAUAAAAAUAAUUGCAUAAAAAUGAUCCGGGGCUUUGUGAAGAUAUUGGACACAUUAUUGAAGAUUCCUCACCUCUCUAACUUGCAAGUAAAUCGGUCAUGCCUUGUCCAUGAUCUUUUACCAUUUCUAGAAGAUUUGAAAUUGUCCAAAUGUCCAGUGUAUGAGUUAGUAUUUGAUAUGCUAUUCUCUCAACAGGCCAAGUCUUCUUCUACGGAUGUCAUUGUUUCUCUAGAACUGUUGGUCACAACGUUCACUAUAGGAAACAUCAACAAACUCAAUCUACAAUUAAUCAAUUCAAGUGAUAGAAUCAUAAAGGAGGAGAGAGUGUUUGAAUUAAUCAAGCGUAUCACAUUGACCAGUCGACCUGAAUCCUUCUUAUUCGUGAAGACUAUUGUAUCUUGCAUUGCCAGUACUAGCAUCGUUGCGAAAAGACUUUCAAAAUCCCAUUUGUUAUUGCUUGAUCAUUUCACUGUUUUUUUGAGGGAUGCUACUCAUGACGAAGGUUCGCACGCUUCAGCUUUUGUCGUGUUAAAUCAGCUUCUCGAAAUAUUCAAGCAUUUCAAUCAAACUAAAAGGAUCAGAAAUUUGUCAAACAUAUACUUCGGCGUGGGCUCCAGAUUUAAAGCUUUUGAAGCAUGCAAGUUAACAAUUGAUCUUGAGACGCUCAUUUACUUGAAAGAUCCUUCAAAUGGCAAUCUUGAGUACUUGCAACUCAAAUUGCAAAAGCUUUUAAAUUGCAUUCAUCAAAAAGAUCAGGUAUCAGCAUUAUUGACAAAUUACUUGAAAAUAAUAGAGACAAGUGAGCUGGCAGUAAAUCAACAAACUGUACUGGUCAUUGCAAGAAAUAUUCUCAAUUCGCCUGAUCUUGCAAUUCCAUUACUAAGCUCCAGCAUGUUCACUAACAAAUUCAAAGCAUUGGUAGCUAUCCAACUCUUCAAAUACUUUGAAAAAUCAGGAGACUGCCAGCAAAAGACUUGUGCCGCCAAUGUCUUGAUGCAAGCUUUGAUAAUUGAUGAGAAGCAAUUGAACUGUAUGAUCCACUUCCACUAUUUCAAUAUCAACGGGUUGAAUGAAUUGGUUAUAGGGGAAGAUGAAACUUAUAUUGAUUAUGAGUAUUCUAUGGUGUCUGCCGGUCUAUUGGUGCAUCAUCUUAUUCACUUUAAGUGGGAAAACUCGAAGAUGGAAAAGGUUAUUGCCAUGUGUGUAAAAUGGGUGGAAACUGAAUGUGCCGAUUCUGUCGACACUUUCAGUUUGGAAGUAUUCAAGUUUGUUUUGUCAUUUUUGAUGCAUAAUGGAUUAACUGGCCAAGUUUUAAUCUUGAUAAGGAAGUUCAAAAGUGCUGUUUCAUCUUCUGAAAUUGAUCUUUGGUUGCAAAAACAAGUAUAUGUAUGCCUUUCAAAAUUAUGCCUCUGGGAUGAUUUGUCUAGCUGCAUUUCUCAAUGGAACCACUUACUCAAAACUGGGGGAAUAAGUUCACUACAUGAAAUAAUGAGUUUUAAUAUGGCACAACUUGAUUAUUUGGUGUCUAUUAACAAUUUUACUUCAGCCAAAGAAAAGUUCACCAAAACACUAAAGGUACUAAAUUCUAGGCCAGAAUUUGACCUAGAUAAUGAUAAUAAGUUGUCGAUGAUCCAAAAGUUGAAGAAUUUAUUACUACUUGCCACAUUUCAAUUGCGUUCUUCAUCACUCAAUUCACAAUUGCAAAAGCACGCAGAUUCAUACAUGAACUUGAAGGUUUGUAUAAAGUUACUUUACUCCAUAAUGAAGAGUACAUCCGCCAACAUUUCGAAAGACAUUCAUCUAGAGCUUAAGUGGGAAACAACGACACUUCUAUUCGAAGCAUACAAAAAUAUAUUGAAUACUUUGAAAAGACUAGGAGUGUCCAGAGAAUUCAUAUAUUAUUUGAAUGAGUUUAAAAAGGUUAAUGGUGCCAGUGAUAUUCCCUUGAUUAAUUGUUUGAAUCACUUACAAUUGACACUUUACAGCAUGCUUAUCAAGAACGAGGAUGGAUCUUCAACUCAUUUUGCAAAAGCCAUGGAGUUCACCAAGCAUACUUUGGUGCAAGAGAACCAUUCAGUGAUCGUUUGCAAGAACAACUUGAUGAGGCUAGCCCAUGGGGAUUCAUUCCCCUCCUAUAAAUCAUUAAGUAUGCUUAGUGAUUAUAUUUUGGAACGUCUUCAUACGAAAGAUGACAAUUUUGAAACUGAUUGCUACUACUUGACUUCAAUAUUAGAAGAAAUCAAUUUGGAUGAUAAGGAAUUGAAAAAAUCUUCACCAGGGAAUGGUUCUUUUAUUUCAGUAGUCAUCUCCUCUAAAAGCUUAAUCAAAAAUUCCAUCAAAGCAUUAUUACAGAAUCCGAUCUACAAUCAACUUGACAAAGCGGUAAAAACAAUUCCCUCGAUUAUUAGUGAUGGUUUGACAGAUUUGAAUUCAAUCAGCAGAGAGAUUAUAGAUGAACUCAUCCAGUACAAGGAAAUCUUGCUCUCCAAUGUUGCACACAUAUCAAAAUUGACAGCCUAUGAGCUUGACUACUAUUCUAAAGUGUUCAAUCAAUGUCUCUCAGCACUAUCAUCCUUAACUAUAUUCAGAAUGGAAACAACGUUAUUGGUUGACUUAUAUUAUCUUCAAGAAUUUGCGGCAUGCCUUCCCUUCAUGAAUGAAAAGCUAAUUAGUAACAACUUCAAUGGGCCUACUGAUCUUCUUCCCAAGGAAAUUUCAGAUCCAAUCGAAGCUGAUAGCUUUUCUAAACUGUCCAUGGCUUUCAAUAUCGACCUAAAUCUAUAUUUGCCUGAUGGUUGGUCUAUUGUAACAGUCGAUGUUUGUGGUAGUAGUGGUGAUUUAAUUUUGUCCAAAUUCGUAAAAGGGCACCAUCCAUUCUUUCUAAGACUUCCAUUAAGACAAUCAAAUGGGAAUAUUCAGUCUUUCGAGGAUAUUAAAGAGCUGUUUCAAGAAAUCAUAAAACAGAGUAAUUUGUCAACAAAGCGAGCUACUACUUCUAAAAUCACUACCAAAGAAGACAGGAAAUCUUGGUGGAAGUUGAGAUUUGGAUUGGAUUUGAAAAUGAAGCACUUGUUGGAAGAUGUUGAAAAUCAUUGGAUAGGUGGUUUUCAAGGCAUAUUCUAUGAAUUUGAACAGGAUUUGAUUUUUGAAAAAUUUAAAAUUGACCUUCUUAAGGUAAUCAAUACUUAUCUUCCCACUAGAAAGUUAGUGGCAGAUGCAAGGUUCAUGGAGCUCGACGAUCAUUUCAUAAAAAUAUUUUACUCUUUGAAGGGCUAUGUCAAAGAACAAGUGGAUGACUUAUUGUAUUAUGUCAUUGAUACUCUUACUUUUCAUGGUGAGAAGAAUGAGUAUCAUAAAAUAAAUUUCGAAAGGUUGCACAAGAGCAUCGAAAAAUUGUUUGACAAAUAUUUUAAUUUAAGAUCAAGAACAAGAGGUAAGAAUCAUGUUGUGUUAAUUCCUAGUAAGGAAUGUGCAUUUUUUCCUUGGGAAUCGAUGCACUGUAUGAGAGGAAUUUCAGUUUCAAGAAUGCCUUCUACUAAACUUUUAUUGGAUCUACUUAAAGGAAGGUCAGAAUUUUCAAUCGAUAUCUCAUCUAAUCUAUACUACGUGAUAAAUCCGAGUGGGGAUUUAGUUCGCACACAGCAAAAACUAGGACCCGGAUUCAAGGAGAAUCAAAGUUGGCAUGGUUUAAUAGGUGAAAAGCCGCAAGAAGAAUCAUUCCUCUCGAACUUGUUCAACUCCAACUUGUUUGUUUAUCUGGGUCAUGGAGGGUGCGAUCAAUACUUCCGAACAUCGUCAUUAUUUAAAAAAUGCUUACCCGAUGGGCCCAGAUUACCACCAAGCUUACUUAUUGGAUGUUCUUCAGGAGUGUUGCAAAUGAAUGGAUUAUUGCAACCGACCGGAAAUGUGUAUAAUUGGUUGGUUGGUGGUUGUCCUAUGGCAUUAGUAAAUCUAUGGGAUGUCACUGACAAGGACAUAGACCAGUUCAGUUUAUCGGUGUUCGACAAAUGGGGUCUUUUCAACGGGAAUAAAGACCUUAAUAUUAGUGAAGCUAUUCAUCAAAGUAGAGAGAGCUGCAACUUGGCAUAUUUGAACGGUGCUGCACCAGUCCUAUAUGGAUUGCCAUUCUACAUCAAAUAA